AUGGAAGUAGUUCAUGAAAAUCAAGUGAAAGAAAUUUUACCUUACCAAUUUGAGCCAGAAAUGGAAUUAAUAUCCCACUCAUCUGAUUCUGAAGAAGAUUCGUCUAGCUCAGACGAGAGUAUUGAUGAAGUAUUUGAGCUGGCAAACAGCUGGUGGAAAUCCACACUAAGUUGGUGUAAAUGUGGUCAUUGCAAAAUUAUGCCGGAAACUCUAGAAAAUUUUUGUUGCAAGGAAAGGGCGGUGGAGUACGAUGAGUACGAUGAGAAACUCUCUCAAGCCGAAAGUUCGGGAGACGCGUGUCUAACACAGUUGCCCGAUUUUCAACAGAAUAUGUUAACCGAAAGCGUUCUGAAAAUCGACGCUUGUAGAUAUGUGGAGGAAAACUGGCCGCCUCGUGAUGAUGAAAUGGCCAAAACUCACAAAAUUUUCCGGUUAGUUUCGUAUUAUAGAUGUUCAAGAUGGAUUUUUGAGUAUCUUGGGAAGAAGAAUCGCCGACCAUUUUCUGCGUGCAUUUAUACAGCUAUUCGGGAAAAGUUUUCAUCGCCCGAUGGCCUAUAUACUGGUUUUAAAUAUCCCAAGACUAUAAACAAGUACAGGUUUCAGCUUUGUUUUUAUUUUUGUUGUUGUUGGUUACUGCAUACUACUUUUAUAAUCAACUCAAAGUAUUUUCGCACAGAAAAAUCCUAUUUUUAUAGACGAAGUUAUUUAUAUUAACUCAAUUACUUAUUCAGACAUUUGUUUUCAUUGCAAGAACAGUUGCAAGAGCACAAAUUGCCACUUCCCUUGCAAACGCAUCUUUUUGUUGCACAUUUUCCUGUACAAGUACAACAGACUCCAUCAACUGGAAUUGCUGGUUUGGAGUACCUGCUAUGGCGUUUAGCAAUAACAUCUGCCUUGCUUGGUCUUGGUUUCCCAUCCAAGUAA